AUGCGCUGGGUGCCUCGGUCCAACAAGGGCGUUGGUGACGGCGGAUACGGCAAGGUCUACGUCGGCCUCAACGAGACGCCUUUCUCUUGGAAAAAGAUCGUCUUCGAUGACAACUGGGCCAGUAUCUCAAAAGGCAAGAGAAAGGAAGCUAUCAAGCAAGAAUGGACGAACGCAUUCGAAGAGAUGGACGUCGCUGGCGUCACCAAGAAGAGAAGCGCCACGAUCGGUGAGAUCACGAGCUCGCCCAACAAAAAAAUCAAGCUCAUCGACGUCAACUCCAUCAUUCGAUCAUGGAUGAGGGGCGGGGUACUCUCCAGCAAGUAUCUCGAAUGGGUAGGCAAGGACCUUCGUGGCCGCAAAGGCCUGAAACAUGCGCCACCAGUCCAACUACUACGCGAAAUGGCGGAGUAUAGGAGCACCCUCGUACCAACGGUGAGCGUCUUCGGCUUCUGGGGUUGGUGGAGGUUCGCGAAGGACAAUUCGCGCAAGGAAAUUGCCGCAGAGAUGGAGGGAGUUAGACGAGCAGAGGAGCUGCGACUCCAGAAAAAAUAUCUUCAUGGUGAUGAAGAUGAGGAGAGCAAGAUUGACGAGAGUGUAGGGACCGAGGUCGAUGGAGGUGCAGCGGGCGAGGGGGGUGCAGAUGAUGCUGGCGAGGUGGAGGCUGAAAUUCAGAGGUCGUUCACAGACCUGUUCAUGCCAAAGGAACACCAGGAGAGAAUUAGGGCUACAUCAAGCAUGUGGGACAGUGCCAGAAAGGAGCUGGCAAGCCUCCAGGAGUAG